CUGGUUUGGUAAAGUUUGGUUUGGCUGCAUGGUGCUGCGUGCUGGGUGCUGUGUGGUUUGGUGAACGAAGAGUGAAGUGAAGCUUAAAGUUGUGUUGGAAGCUCGUUUUCGUUUAUACGAACAUGGUAAUAAAGUGAUGAUUUCGAGACUCCACUCUUGUGAUAGUUGUGGACACCGAUGAAACGACAUUAUGAACGGCUGGCCCGACGCACCAACUCGGACCCGCUAACACACAGGCAGAAAACAAAGACGUGAGGUCGUCGCUUGCGCGAACGAGCUUUCUACAGAUGAUGACCAUUUAAUAAAACGAGAAGAUAAUGGAUGGAACACGAGCAGCAGAAGUAUUGCCAUUGCUGCAAGAACGUUUGGCAAUACUACCAGGUGGAAGGGAUCGUAGAGGAGGACCUGUGCUUCUGUUUCCAAGCACACCGAGACGCGAACGUGCAAAACCCGAGGAUUACAGACGUCUUCUACAAUAUUUGUUUGCCAUCCCGAGUGAUGAAGCCAGGGGCCUGCGAUUUACUGUGAUUGUGGAUAUGCGUGGUACAACGUGGGACUCGGUCAAACCAAUUUUAAAGGUGUUACACGAGCAUUUUCAUCGCACGGUUCAUGUAGCUUUUCUUAUUAAACCAGACAACUUUUGGCAGAAACAGAGAACUUCAUUGGGUAAACAGAAGAAGUAUAAUUUUGAGAUUAAUACAAUCAGCUUAGAGGCUCUUGUAAAAGUUAUAGAUCCUUCUCAGCUCACUGCAGAUUUAGAUGGAUCCUUGCAAUACGAUCAUGCCCAGUGGAUCGAUACUAGAUUAGUUGUGGAAGAUUUUACGUGGCAGGCAGCAGAUCUUCUCGAUCGAUUAGAUGACUUGCAAGAGGAUCUCAGUCGAAAUGACUUCGCUGACGAUGUUGCGGGAGCUAAGCACGGAAUUGAUCUACAUAAUGAGAUGAAAAAAAAAAUCAUCAAAGUCCCAGUGGAAGAUAUCCAAGUUGUUGGACAACGCUUGCUUCAGCGAUUUAAUAAUGACGCAACAGCAACCAGUGGAGAAGGAGGAAGUAUUGACUGUGGCGCGGCAAGUUGCACAGAUUCUGAUGGACGAGCACUGGCUACCUUGGUUAUUCAGCAUUUGGAUUCUGUGCACGCAGCGCAACAGCAUCUCUUACAAUUAUGGCACAUCAAGAAGAUGAAAUUAGAUCAAUGUUUUCAGCUGCGAUUAUUUGAGCAAGAUUGCGAGAAAAUGUUUGAUUGGAUUUGUCACAACCGAGAAGCAUUUCUCGCCAGUUACGUGGAGAUUGGCCGCUCGUAUCAGUUGGCCAAAAAUUUGCAGGAGGAACAUAAACAUUUUACAAUGAGCUCGAUGAAUGUUUACGUGAAUAUCAAUAAAAUUCUCACAAUGGCUGGAAAAUUGCUGGAGACACAGCAUUAUGCGGCUGGGCAUGUACGAGCGGUGGCGGGACGUUUGGAUCAAGCUUGGAAGGAAUUUGCCGCAGGUCUCGAUGAACGUACUGCGGUACUUAGUUUAAGUGUAGUGUUUCAUCAUAAAGCGGAACAGUAUGUCGAUAAUGUAGCUGGCUGGAGUCAAGCGUGCGAAAUGAGUAAUCUACCCAGUGAAAUUCCAGUGCUUGAAUCUCACAUUCGCCAACACCAAACACUUUAUGAAGCAAUGUGUCAGGCAUAUACAGAGGUUUACAAUGCAUAUCAAGCAUUAUUGAGCGGCCUGGGUUCAAUGCUGCAAGUAUGUCAUAAUGUGAGCGCCCAUUCUUCAGGGUCGGAUACAUUUCGCGUCAAUUAUGUGCAUAGUACCAGUAAGAAGCUUCUUUACCAACUGGAUCAUCUUGUGCAAGUCUGUAAUCAACCACAAGGAAUUGACUAUGUCGCCAGAAAACAUAGUCAAGAUGGACACAGUAUUGAGAGUCAUACUGGCACAAGUGGUAAUCCAGCGGCUGAUUACAGCGAAGGUGCAUCUCACGUAUUAGCUGUCAUUCAUCAGAUUCUGGGUCAUCACAGAGCAUUAGAAGCGCGCUGGCACGCUCGCAAAGUCAAGUUGCAUCAACGGCUUGCAUUAAAAUUAUUUCAAGAAGAUGUAAAACAAGUUCUUGACUGGCUGACUAACCAUGGCGAAGUCUUUAUUAGAAAAAAUACAGGCGUAGGUCGUAAUCUGCAGAAAGCACGCGUCUAUCAAAAAAGCCACGAACAUUUUGAAAAUGUUGCUCAGAAUACUUACACAAAUGCGACUAAGCUUUUAACUGCUGCUGAAGAACUUGCUCACACAGGGGAAUGUGCACCUGAUGAAAUAUAUGCAGUGGCACAAGAAUUGGAGGCCCACGUUAGUAGCUUCGCAGCAAGGGUCGAGCAACGGCGUCGCAGAUUAGAUCUGGCAGUAGUAUUUUAUACUCAUGAAAAGGAGCUGACCGGUUGGGUAGAUGAGUUACGUCAGGAAUUGCAACAGGAUGAGGUUGCGGAAAAUCUGGAGACAGCGGAAAGAUUGUUGGAACAAUGCGCGCAGCACAGAUCAUCCUGUCUUGAGGCGUGUGCUUCAACAAUAGCUCAGGGCGAAGCUCUGCUGCAAGAACUACGCGAGGCAACCGACGCGCCCGACACAACCGGUUCGAUAUCAGCGGUGGAGUCAGCCUUGGACAGAUUGGCAAGCUUGAGACAAGAAUUAGAAGACUUGUGGGCGACGAAAAAGCUGAGACUGGAACUGUGCCUACGAUUACGCGUGUUCGAGCGCGACGCACUAGAGACUAGCGGUCAGCUGGAGAUGUGGGCGCAGGAGCUGCAAGGCCCACCGCGAGAAGGUUCUCCAGAACAGUUGCUACGCGUGCACAACGAUGGAGUCGCCCAUAUGCAAAAUACCGCUUUCCAAAUUCUGCACCGUGGGCAAGAAUUAGCGCAAGUUUUAGAGGAAGCAGGAUUGUGUAUUAUGGCGGACGGUCAGCAUAGUGCGGCGGCGCGGGUGCAGGUGCUUCUCGAGUUUUUGAACGAGAGAGAGUUGGAUGCAGAGGACCUCGCAGAAAUGCGAAGAGUACGGCUAGAGCAAGCUUCUCAAUUACUGCAACUGCAGACGGACGCUUCUCAUGUGAUUAAGUGGAUACGAAACGGCGAGUCGAUAUUACUGGCUUCGCUGAGGAUACCAGACGAUUUCGAAGAUGCCGAUCAAUUAGGAAAGGAACACUAUCAUUUCCAACUUGCGAUAACGAAUACUCAUGCGUCUGCCGUGCAAGUGAAGCAUAAAGCAGAUUCGUUGAUAAACGGGAAUCAUUACGAUCCUAAAAGUAUCAGGGAGGUCGCGGAGGAUGUUACCAAACGGUGGCAGCAACUAGUGACCUGUGCGGAAGAACGACAUAAAUUAAUUACUGCCAGUUUAAACUUUUACAAAACGGUAGACUCGGUACGUUCGGUUCUCGAUAGUUUAGAGCUACAAUAUAACGUGGAUGAUGAUUGGUGUGUCGACGGAGAAAAAGCCGCCGGAAUACCGGCGAAUAUCACGAGACACCAGGAGCAAAAGGAAGCUUUUUUAAAGGCGUGCACGUUGGUACGGCGAACCGGAGAAACGUUCUUAAAAUAUAUCAAUCGUAGUUUACAAUUUUACAGCUAUCACGCUAAUAGCGCCGGUUCGGCAAACAAAGUGAAAAAUAUUUUGGAGGAGUUAGUCAGUAAGGAAAACAAAGUGCUCGAAUAUUGGACGCAACGGAAGAAACGCUUAGAUCAAUGUCACCAGUAUGUUCUGUUUGAACGUAGUGCAAAACAGGCUCUCGAGUGGAUAAAAGAAACCGGGGAAUUAUAUUUAGCGACGCAUACCAACGUCGGUAAGAAUCGCAUCGAAAACGAACAAUUGUUGCAAGAGCAUAUCGAGUUUAAGGGUGCAGCGAAGGAAACGAGAGAGAGAGUGAAAUUGUUGAUUCAACUCGCUGACAAUUUAGUCGAGAGGGGUCAUGCUCAUGCUGCGGCGAUCAAACAAGCCGUUGCCGAAGUCGAUCAACGAUACAAGGACUUUAGUACGCGAAUGGAUAGCUACAAGACACAAAUCGAAGGCGAUCUAGGUAUUCAAUCUGACGAGGUGCAUAGAGAUCUCUCUAUCGAUCGGAAUUCGGAUCCAUUGCUGGAAGAGAAGAUCAAAGGUAAAGAUUUGAAAGAAUUGAACGAGGAGAAGAGAAGAUCUGCACGAAGGAAAGAAUUUAUUAUGGCUGAACUGUUGCAAACUGAACGUACGUACGUGAAAGAUUUGGAAACUUGUAUCCGUUGCUUCCUGGACGAGACGCGAUGUGGAAAGGGAAACGUUCCGAUGGGUUUACAAAGUCGGGAAUCGAUCAUUUUUAGCAAUAUAGAGGAGAUACAUCAGUUUCACAGCAAUGUCUUUUUACGCGAGCUAGAAAAGUAUGAGACCAUGCCAGAGGAUGUGGGACAUUGUUUCGUAGUGUGGGCACCUAAAUUUGACAUGUACGUUACUUACUGUAAGAAUAAACCCGAGAGCAAUCAACUAUUAAUAACGCACAGCGGAACAUGGUUUGAGGAAUUGCAGAGAAAGCAUAGAGUGGAACAUCCUAUCGCUGCAUAUCUAAUCAAACCUGUACAGAGAAUUACCAAGUAUCAGCUGUUACUCAAGGACUUGCAGGCUUGUUGCCAGGAAGGACAGGGCGAAAUAAAAGAGGGAUUAGAAGUAAUGUUAAAUGUGCCUAAAAAAGCUAACGAUGCCUUACACUUAAGUCUACUGGAAGGUUGCGACGUUAGUAUAGAUGCGCUCGGUGACGUUGUAUUGCAAGACUCGUUCACAGUAUGGGACCCAAAACAGUUGAUCAGGAAAGGAAGAGAUCGUCAUAUAUUUCUUUUCGAAUUGUAUCUUCUUUUUACAAAGGAAGUGAAAGAUUCUGCAGGAAAGGUGAAGUACGUUUAUAAAAAUCGCCUGUUGACCUCCGAAUUGGGCGUGACCGAACAUAUCGAAGGCGACGAAUGCAAAUUCGCGGUAUGGACAGGACGAGCACCAACCAGCGACACCCGCGUGGUGUUGCGUGCCAAUUCGAUGGAUGCGAAGCAGCUGUGGGUGAUGCGGUUACGCGAGGUGAUACAGGAGACCUUUUUAGGCAAGAAUAUGCCCAAGAGCCCCGCUAAAAAGAGCUCCAGUCAACGCUCCAGCAGAGAUCUCGAGGAGUGUGCGUCCUUGGACGAGAGUGUGGAGAAUCUCGACAGAAAUUCCUUGGCUUCCUUCGGCUCGACUAACACUACAGAUUCUGACAAGACCGGAGUCGUCGAGAUGACGUGGGUGGUCGCUGAUCAUAUGGCCGCGCCCGGCUCCAAGGAGCUCAGCGUGACAAAGGGGCAGCAGGUUGAGGUGCUGGAGAAUGGUAACGCAAACACCAGCACCACCGGCGCGAGCAGCAUGCCCAGCAACGCCGGCGAAUGGACCCUGGUGCGUCUGCCGCUCACGCCCGGACAGAUCGAGCCAGCCGCGGAAGGUCUAGUACCCACCAGCGCCCUGAAACAACCGCCAACCGCCUCCUGCAAAACUUCGCCGUCCAGAAAAGCGUCCACGCAACAGCAACAAUCGCAUCAGCAGCAUCAUCAUCAUCAUCAUCAUCAUCAUCAUCACCAGCCACAACAGCAGCAGUCGCAUCAUCAUCCGUACCAUCAGCAGCAGAUCAAUCAAGCAAUCGUCCAAACACAGCAGCAGCAACAAACUGCCGUCACGUCUUCGACUUCCGCCAACACGUUGCCACCGACUUGCUGCGUAGCCGGCAUCCCGUCGAUGACGCAGCAAACAUCCUCGUUGACAGCCCUGUCAUCCACGGUGCUGUCGCCGAUGGAGGAUGCGGAAAACGCUGGAAGCGACGGUAGCGGGUCGGUAACUAGUACAAAUUCACCUGGCAACAAAAGGCGAGGUUUCAGCGGACGGAAGUGGCUCCCACCUUCUUUACGCAAACUUAGCCAAGGUAAAGUCGAGAAAACCAAUACAGCCGCGCCGACGUCAUCGCCUCCUUUGAUUGGGCCGUCUUUAAAGAAAAGCGGCUCGGACAAACGCUUUAAAUUACCGAGCGGCGUCGAACAUAAUCGGCGGCCUAGCAAGACUGCGUUCGAAGCGGAGGCUGAGGUGCACGAAGGUGAGGAAAUCUGUAAGGACGAGGGGGAGGAGGAGGAGGAGGAGGGCGAGGGCGAGGAACAGCAGGAGGUUGAGGUAGAUGUGGAUGUGGACGUGGACGUUACGGAGAGCGACGACACGGUGGUGACGAGUUUGCAGGAACAGAACGGUGGCGAGGAUGCCGACGACGAUCUAGAACUUCCACCUCCGAUGAAGCCUAUAACCGAACCGAUACUUGUAGCAACUGCAAAUGGUCCAUCGGGAUCUACGAUACCGAGUGAAUUGCCCGGGAAACGAUCUGCCAGUCUGUCGGAACGUACAAAGAUUCUCGAUGGCGGUGCCACAACGGCCGAUCUUUCGGAAAUCGAACAAAUCGUCAAGGAGAGAAUGGAGCAACAUACAGAAAAUCAGGAGAGGCAUAGUCUUAUGCGAACCCCUAACGGGAAAUCCCUAACGUUAAGCAACGAGGAAGAAUAUUGUAACGCGACUAUUAACGCAAUCACUUCCGACGAGUCGGAUCCGGAGAGUAGCGCGAUCGCAAAGCGACAGUUUGUUAUUCGCGAGCUGGUAGACACCGAGAGAGAUUACGUCAAUGACUUGAAGCAGAUAGUCGAAGGUUACAUGGCACUAAUGCGAAAUCCCGAGUGUGAGAUUCCAUUACCAGAAGAUCUACGCGCUGGGAAAGAUAAAAUGGUUUUCGGUAACGUAGAAGCUAUCUACGAGUGGCAUAGAGACUUUUUCCUCAAAGCUUUGGAACGUUGUUUGGAACGUCCUGAAGAGCUCGGACCUCUCUUUAAACGUUACGAACGAAAGUUGCACAUGUACGUGGUUUAUUGUCAGAACAAGCCCGUUUCGGAAUACAUUGUGUCCGAAUAUAUAGAUACUUAUUUCGAGGAACUUAGGCAAAAACUUGGGCAUCGUUUGCAGCUCUGCGACUUGCUGAUCAAGCCUGUACAAAGGAUUACAAAAUAUCAACUUCUUCUACGAGAGGCACUGCGCCUCACUGAACGAACUCAAAGGUUAUCGGAAAUCGAAGGCCUCAGAGCGGCGGCUCAUGUCAUGCGAGUUAUUCCUAAAGCUGCAAACGAUAUGAUGGACGUUGGGAGAUUACAAGGUUUCGACGGUAAAAUAACAGCGCAGGGAAAACUCUUGUUACACGGCCCGCUUCUAGUGUCGGAAAUAUCAAACGUAACGAUGAGAGGAAAAGAAUGGCAAGUCUUUCUUUUUGAGCAAAAUAUCAUCUUUAGCGAAACUGUCGGCAAGAAAACGCAAUUCACCAAUCCUGUCUACAUAUAUAAAGCACAUAUUCAGGUAAACAACAUGAGUCUGGAAGAUUCGAACGACGAUGCAGACAAGUUUAUCAUCCGAUCGACGGAUCCCCGAAACCCUGGGUUAGGAUUCUCUUGUAGCGUAGCUGAAGAAAGUAGUGGACCGCGCAGGCAGGAGUGGGUAGAUACCAUCACUGCCAUCCUGCAAACUCAGCGCGAUUUCCUGAAGGCGAUACAAUCACCGAUUGCCUACCAGAAGGAACUUACCAAAGAUCCACUCCGUGCCACCAUCAUCACCACCACCACCACUACCACCACAUCUGAAUCUGUGAUACGAACAAUCGUAUCGGUUCCUCCGACGCUGAUAGUCUCCGAAUCGACGAACCGAGACUACAGGAUGAAUCAGCAACCGUUACAACGCUCACAGACCGGGGGAUUGGAAUGCGUGCAACCACGUACCCCCAGCCCAACAAAGGGUAGACUAAACUUCCUGGAGGGAUUUAAGAAUACUCUACGCACACGCUCGCCGAUUCGCAACAAUUCCAUCCCGGUCGUUCCAGGUGCACGUGUAAGAUUGGCUGCGGAUUGGGGAAAGUUACAUGCCGGAGACGAGCUUGUUGUCUCCCAUUUGGACGGUCCGGGCUUAGUGGUGUCCCCUGUGAAUACCAAAGACGAGCUAUGGAUCCCGGCGAGUCUUAUUCCGAACUCGGCAAUCAGCCGAUCGUGGUCAUUUCGACCACGGAAGAUUGAUCUCGCAAGAUGCCACAGUGCCGAUCUCCAGGAGUCAACGACGACAACAAUAACGCAUCCCGAGGACAAAAGGCCAGUUAUUCUGAAUAGUCCGACGUCGAUUCGCGCGACCGUCGGUGAAGUCGUUAGACUGUCUAUUGAGACACACAACGCGGAUAAUGCGACUGUCGCCUGGAGGAAGGAGGGCGAGAAUCAAUAUAUAAGAGAGAACGAUCGAUAUCAGUUCCAACGAAGCGCGGGCUUUGUAUAUCUACAAAUCAAUGGUUGCCGAACUUCAGACUGCGGAAUGUAUCACUGUCACUUAAUAGGUGAAACGGGUUCUUCCUCCGCUGGAAUUUCUCUCUACAUCGUAGGCGGAAAGAGCAGCACCUCCGCACGCGUUUUAGCAUGUUCAAAGGUGGAGAUCGAUUGGGACAGGCAAGAGAAAUGGUGCGUCGUGAAGCAAGUUAAUGAGCCACCCGUUUUACUGGAUGUGUCAACGGAUGCUUCAUAUAGUUUUCGAGUGGUGGAUGACGAUGGGAGGACGACCUCACCAUCGAUCGUAGUGACUCUGUCGCGAUCAGACAUAGGUGGUGGUGCGGAAUGGGAAGCCAAGCAGUUCAUCGGUAGGUAUUUGGAGCUGGACGAACUGGGUAACGGUAGAUUCGGCAUAGUUCGUCGUGCCAGGGACAAGGGCACCGGUCAAGAGGUGGCACUCAAGCAAAUUCCACGACACAAGCAAUCGAGAUCACUGACACGCGCGGAAUACGACGUGCUGGCUUCCACUCAUCACGCUAACAUUGUCAGGGCGUUCGCAUUGUUCGAGAACGCGCCUCGAUCUGGAGUCGACACCAUCGUCUUGGAACUAGUCAGAGGUCCGACGUUGUUCGCACAUUUGAGUGAGAAAACGGAAUACACCGAGGCAAUGGCGACACGAUACACUUGUCAACUGUUAUCCGCGUUGCAUUGGUUACACUGUCGCAGCCGGGCGCAUCUGGAUAUAAAACCGGAGAACGUUCUGAUUGAUCAUGAGACGGACCAGGUGAAGGUAAUAGAUCUAGGGGAAGCGGUCAGAGCUCCCAUCGACGAGAUUGUGCCGCCCCCUGCCGAUUUGGAAUUUGCAGCACCGGAGUCGGUGCUAGGUAGACCGACCGGCACUUACACGGAUAUGUGGGCCGUCGGAGUUUUUAUUUACGUUUUGCUAAGUGGAUUGUCGCCUUUUUUGGACGACUCCGUCGAAGAAACCACCGCCAACAUUCUUAAAUGCGAUUUCUGUUUUCCUGACGAAUAUUUCAAGAUUAUAUCCAGCGAUGCAAAGGAACUCCUCGGGAGAAUGUUAUGCCUGCGUGGUGAGGAUCGAAUGAACGCAGAGACCUGUCUUGGUUCGCCAUGGUUAAAAAUAUCAACUGGUGCUACGAUACCGUCCACUAGAAUGGCCGCAUUUAUAGAACGUCGUGCACACUGUUUUAAACUGCGUCAAGACCAUAAUGACAGUUUUCAUUCCUAAGAUUAACAAUAUGCAGUAAGCAUGUUACUUAAAAUACAUGACAAAUUUACACAUGUAAAUAGCAAAAUAUA